AUGAUAAAGAAUAUCCAAGGUACACGUUUAGGAAAAGCCGUUGGUCAUCGGGCGGUGGUUAAAUCGUUCUCCGGUACCACCACCAAAGCUAUGAAGAAUUACCUUAAACCUAAUUUGGAGCUUUUACCGGACCAAGUGAUUCUGCAUGUGGGCACUAAUGAUCUCAAAAGUAAAGAACCUCAACAAGUUGCCGGCUCAGUGGUAGAUCUCGCCAGACAAAUUGAAAACUCAUCCGAUGCCACAGUAAUUGUAUCUGAGCUCGUGUCAAGAAGAGACGGAUUCAAUGAAGCCGUGAAAACAGUUAAUAAACAACUGAAGUUCUACUGCCGGUAGAAUGGAUGGAAAUUUAUCCAGCAUCAAAACAUCUCCGAAAAGGAACUUAACAAGGGCGGACUACAUCUUAAUUUCAAAGGUAAUCAACAGUUUUUUAAGAACUUUCAGACGAGUUUAGGUUGA